CCACACGGCUGGAUUGCUCUUUCGUGUUGGGCGGACGGGCGUGCAGCGACCGAGGGGAGAGCAGCGCCGAGGCGGGAGAUUUUCCUCACGGUAUAAAGAAUUGAAUGACACUGUAAUCACAUUGGUAGCUAGAACUCCUGAAGAUAAAUGGCACAACAUUUGUAACAACUCUUCUAGAGAAGAUGGCACACUAGAUUUUCAGGGACGGGCGCAGAUCUCAAAAUGGCAGCCCAGAGGAUUCGUGCUGCUAAUGCCACUGGCCUCCCACGGUGCAAGUCUGAGGGGACAUUGAUUGAUCUGAAUGAAGAAUUUUCAGAAACCAGCUUCAGUUCUGUCAAAGUGCCUUCUCCUAGUGCCUUGAUGGUAGACAAUCUUACAUCAUUUGGAAAUGCAAAGGAAGUUGUAGCAAUUAAAGACUACUGCCCAAACAACUUUACCACCUUGAAGUUCUCCAAGGGCGACCACCUUUAUGUCUUAGAUACCUCCGGUGGCGAGUGGUGGUAUGCCCACAAUACCACAGAGAUGGGUUACAUCCCAUCCUCCUACGUCCAGCCUGUAAACUACCGGAACUCUUCUUUAACUGACAGUGGAAUGAUAGACAAUCUGCUUGAAAACUCCGAUGAGGGAGCCAAAGAACUUGAUCUGCUCGGAGACUGGACAGAUGUAAAGUGGAGCUUAACCAAAAACAACCCUUUUUUGAAUAACAUGCAGACUAACCCUUUUCUGAAUGGGAAUGUGCAGAUAAUGCCUGACGGGGACAAGGAGUGUUCCCGCCAAACCACGGUGGAUUUGUUGCUCUUUGACACAGGGUUGCCUACUUUUACAGGGUCGAGUUAUGCAACCGAUAGCAGUGUAGGUAACCAUCUUGAUGAGAUUCCAUCAAUAAAUGGAUUUGAGUUUGAUCAGCCAAGCAGACGGGACAAUCCUUUUUUCAGAAGCAAACGGUCGUACAGUUUAUCAGAGCUCUCAGUACUUCAGGCAAAGUCAGAAAAUCUGGCAUCCUCAGGCUUCUUCACUGGGUUGAAAUCUCCUACCCCAGAGCAAUUCCAGAGCAGGGAAGACUUCAGAGCUGCAUGGCUGAACCAUCGGAAAUUAGCAAGGUCAUGCCAUGACUUGGAUCUGCUGGGCCAGAACCCCGGUUGGGGUCAGACACAACCUGUGGAGACUAACAUAGUUUGCAAGCUGGAUAGUUCUGGGGGAGCAGUUCAGCUUCCAGAUACAAAUAUUAAUAUUCGUAUUCCAGAAGGACAUGUAAUUGCUGGAGAUACACAGCAGAUCUCCAUGAAAGCUCUGUUGGAUCCACCUCUGGAACUCAACAGUGACAAAUGCAGCACCAUAAGCCCUGUGCUGGAGAUUAAGCUGAGCAACAUGGAAAUCAGAACCUCCAUCAUACUGGAGAUGAAAAUCUCUGCCGAAGUUAAGAAUGACAUUGUGAGCAAGAGUUUAGUAGAAGUGCAGUGCCUGCGGAGUGACAUGAAGGAAGGCCCAUAUGCACCAUUGCAACUAAGAUAUUGCUAUGGAGACACAAUCCAGGUUGAACUGGAGAACCUGGAGCCUUGUAUGUAUAUAGCAGUUGUCGCCCAAGGACAGAAUAUUCUAUAUCCCUACACUGUGUGGGAUUACAUCACUAAAAAAGUUACAGUUGGUGUCUAUGGUCCAAAGCACAUACAUCCUUCUUUUAAAACAGUAGUUGCCAUCUUUGGACAUGAUUGUGCCCCAAAGACUCUGUUAGUGAAUGAAGUUACGCGCCAAGUACACUGCACAGCACCUGUGGCACUGCAGUUGUGGGGCAAGCACCAGUUUGCCUUAGCGAGGCCACAAGAUCUAAAGCUUUGCAUGUUUUCAAACAUGACUAAUUAUGAGGUGAGAGCCAGUGAGCAGGCAAAAAUAGUGAGAGGCUUCCAGAUGAAACUGGGCAAAGUCAGCCGCCUCAUCUUCCCCAUCAUGUCACAUGACCCUAAUGAGCUGUCCGAUUUCACGUUGAGAAUACAAGUCAAGGAUGACAAGGAUGCCAUACUGACUCAGUUCUGUGUUCAAACACCACAGCCACCUCCCAAAAGUGCUGUCAGGUCUACCGGACAGCGAAGAUUCCUGAAGAAGAACGAGGUCGGAAAGAUCAUCUUGUCGCCUCUUGCAACCACCACCAAAUAUCCCGUCUUCCAGGAUCGGAUUGUGGCAAACCUCAAAUAUGGCAAACUGCUGAAAACAGUGGUGAGGCAAAACAAGAACCAUUACCUCUUGGAAUAUAAGAAAGGGGACGCCAUAGCUUUGCUAAGCGAGGAGAAAAUCAAGUUAAAAGGUCAGCUCUGGACAAAGGAAUGGUACAUUGGCUACUAUCAGGGUAAAAUUGGUCUAGUCCACACCAAAAAUGUGUUAGUUGUUGGGAAAGUAAAGCCAAAUUAUUUUUCUGGACCUGAGCUCACUACUUGUAUGUUGUUGGAGCAAAUCCUGAGGCCUUGUAAAUUUCUCACCUACAUCUAUGCUUCCGUAAGGACUUUGCUCAUGGAAAACAUUAGCAGCUGGCGUGCGUUUGCAGACGCUCUGGGAUAUGGCAACCUGCCACUUGCUUUCUUCUGUCGAGCAGAGCUGGACAGCGAGCCAGAAUGUGUGGCUUCUGUCCUGGAGAAAUUGAAAGAAGACUGUAAUAAUUCGGACAAUAAGGAUAGGAAGUCUUUCCAGAAGGAGCUGAUGUCAGCCUUACUGAAAAUGGACUACCAGGGCUUGGUUGUUAGGCUUAUUCAGGAUUUUGUGCUUCUGACUACGGCUGUAGAAGUGGCCCAGCGCUGGAGAGAACUUGCUGAGAAAUUGGCCAAGGUCUCCAGGCAACAGAUGGAUGCCUAUGAAGCCCCCCAUCGGGACAAGAAUGGAGCUGUAGACAGUGAGGCAAUGUGGAAGCCAGCGUAUGACUUUAUGCUAACGUGGAGCAACCAGAUGGGAGACAGUUACCGGGAUGUUACCCAGGAGCUUCACAUUGGUCUUGAUAAGAUGAAGAAUCCUAUCACGAAACGCUGGAAGCAUCUAACAGGAACCCUAAUUUUAGUCAACUCCCUGGAUGUAUUACGGGCAGCUGCCUUUAGUCCACAAGAAGAACAUGACGAUUGUGCCAUCUGAUGGGAGGUUGUAACCUUGUCAAAUCUGGCUGCUCUUUAUUUCUAUGUUUUCCCCUAAUGGUGUAUGUGUGAGAGAGGGAAAACAGUUCUGAAAAGCCAAAGUUUUGGACAGUGAUUCCAGGGCUUGGAUUUCAAACUUCUUACGCUCUGCAGAAGACUCCCAAGACUGUAGUAUUUUAUAUACUCUGUGGUUGACAGCCUUCCUUAAUUGCAAAAUGGAACUUUUUUAGGCAUUUGCAAAUAUCAGACUUGAGAGUUGAAAUUGCUUUGGGGAGGCGUUACCAUUUUUAUGGAACAUGAACAGUAUUUUUGUCCUUUUUUAAAAUUAUCACUUUGAAUCAUUGAUGUAUAUUAAAAUGAAUGAAGCACAGCCUUGCAAGCAUUUGGAUUCUAAUACGUGACUCUCAGAACUGUUUAUAAAUCAGUAUGUUAACUCCACCACCUCCUGUGAUCCUAUCAGUGUUAUAGCUGUUCUCUGUGAUUUGCUUUUAUGUACACCCUUUUGUAAUGAAGAAAAUGCACACCUUUUUCAAUGUAGCUUAUUUUUGUAACCCAAAAUUUAGCACUACGUGUCAGUGUCCAUGCAACAGUUGUGUUUCACUUCUGUCUGCUUCAGAACCUUGAUCAGAAAGAAACAGAAACAAUUUCAGGUUGUGGGACUGCCCCAUCCCCUUUCAGAUUUAAGAAUAAUAAACUUUAAUUGAUAUUA